AUGAACAGCAGAAAAAGAAGAAAGAAAAAAGAACAGGGAAAAAGAAAAGGAAAAAGAAAAGAGAAUAAGAAAAAAAUAAAGAAAAGAAAAAAAAAAGAUAAAAAGGAAAAAGAAGUAGGGAAAGGAAAAGAGAGAAAGAAAAGAAAGAAAAGGAAGAAAGAAAAGAAAAAAAGAAAAGGGAAAAAACGACAAAGAAAUGGGAAAAGGAAAAAAAAAAGAAAGGAAAAGAAAAGAAAAAAAAAGAAGAAGAAAUAA